AUGCCGAUUACUAUUGAUUUUGGAGAUGGCUCAACCCAAUCACCUGAUUCGAAUGAUGAGGAAAGAACGAAAAAAGGCAAAUACAAAAAGGUAUCUUAUGCCAAACCUAGAUAUGAAUUUGUUCGUCGCAAAAUUACUAAAGUAAAUCAUAAAAAGAAACUUGGACGACCUAGACUUCGUAAAAGGAAAUGUGUGCAUAUGGAUUAUAAUGAAGAAACAGACAAUGACAAUGGCGAAGAUGGGGUAGAAGAGGAACAAGAUGAUGGUGAACAAGAUGAGGCAGAAGAUAAUGUCCAAGAAGAUGAGGUAGAAGAAAAUGUUGAAGAAGAUGAGGUAGAGGUGAAUAUUGAUAAUGAACAAACAGACAAUGAAGUAGAGGAUCUUGGAAAAGAUGAUUUGGAAGAGGAUAGUAAUUGGGAAGAAGAAGAGGAAGCACAAAUUCUUGACAAAGUAGAAGAAAGCACUGAAUUAGAAAGUUCAGAUGCAAUUGAAGAAGAGGAGAGAUGUAUCAAUGAAGAAGAGGAAGUAGAGUUAAAUGUCGAUUUACAAGAUGAUGAGGACGAGGGAUCACAUUAUGUUGAGAAGGAUUUGAAUGCAAAGAAAAGGAAGGGUAGGAAAAAACUUCAGGAGAAACGGCUUUAUAUAAGGGCCUCCAAGAAAAUUUUUUACUCAAUUAUGAACGAUUUAUCUAAUAAACAGAAAGCCGGCAUAAAGCAAUUAGGGUUUGGUUUGUUGAUUAAGUUCUCCAUAAUGAAUGUCCCAACAAGAUUAGCAUAUUACGUGCUAGAGAAGUUUUCAACAAAAGAUUCAGUUUUCGAAGUUAAUGGAAAUCUAGUUUUAGUUAACAAAGAAAGGGUGCAUAAUGUCUUUGGUAUACCUAUUGGUGGUAAGAAGAUACCUUACAGUCCUCAGAUUCUUUAUGCCCAUGAAGCUCGAAAGCCUGAAAAUUUUCAAUUUCCUCUUUUCAAAAACUGGGAUUUGGAAUCCUUGAAGGAAAUUGAAAAAGAAAUUUCCAGAAAUGGAGAGUUUGAAAAGGUUACUGAAGAAAUUAAAAAGGCACCAGUACCACGUGAAGUUAAGAGGAAAAGGGCAUCCGAGAGGCUAUUGGAAUGCAAAAAGAUGAUUCUGGAACAAAAAAAGGGCCUUGAGGAUUUUGUCGAUGAACAAGAUGAUACUCGAAAGAAAUCUGAAGGUGUUCAAAAUGAAGCAAGUCAGAAGCAUAGUCAAGGUGAAGAGUUUGAGUUUAAUGGUUGCAAUCCUUUUGUAGAAACUCAAUCCCCUGAUGAUAUGAAAUUUUUUAAAGUUGAAACAGAAAUUCAGAAAGAUGUUACUAGUCUUGAUGAAAAUUUUGAAGGGGAAAUCGAUAAUAUUGCUAUUCAAAAACAAGAUCAAGUUCAAAAGAAAACUGUUAAAUCAAGUUCAAAAGAAGAUCAAGCAUUAGCAGGAAAAACUACAAGAAUCGAAGGUGUUCGUGAAUUUGAAAAGGUGGGAGAUGAACAACAUAGAAUGGGAAGAAAAACUAACAGAAUUAAAGUUGAUCGUGAAUCUUUGAAGGAAAAAUAUCAUAAUCCACCUAAAGCCAUUGAACACAAACAAGGAAAUCAAGAUGACAAGCAAGGCAGUCAAUCAAAAGCAGUGGAAUCUAGCUUUCAAAAUGUAGGAGAUGAAGGCCAUGGAAUAGGAGAAAAAAAUAAGAACAAAGUCGACAUAAUUGAAGCUGAUCGUAAAAUAGGAGGAAAAAGUAUUGAAUCUAGCGUUCACAAGGUAGGAGAUGCAAAUCAUAAAAUAGGAGGAAAAAGUACUACAGCUGGACUUGAUCAGCAUGACUUGAUGGACAAAAUUCAGAAUCCAGCUGAAGCCAAUCAAGGAAAUCAAGACAAGAUGAAAGUUGAUCAGCGGAGAAAAAUUGAUCAGAUUUUGAAUAAGUUGAAUUCAAAACGUACCAUAUUGGAAGUUAAUGGUUCUGAAAUAAAAAAGAAGUCAGGUGUGCAUAAAAAGAAAAAGGUUGAUCCUUUUUUACCAACUUUUGACCUUGGAUUUGACUCACCCGAUAGCGUUGAAGAUGGAGAAAGUCAUGGACAAGGAGACUUAGAUGAAACUCCGAAGGUGAAAGAUCUCAAGUCACUGCCUGACACUGAAAAAGUUUCUUAA